UACAAUCCUGUGUAAGUCUGGAGGGAGGGUGAUAAAUAAUAUCUUCUGGACUAAAGUAGUCGUUCUGGUUAAAGAAAAAUAUCCGUUAUUAGCCUUCGUUUACAGGUCUUAUUGCUCUAGGCAGUUUGGGAAAGCCGAACAAUUGGCGUGUCUUUUGUAUGUCGCUCUGUGUGCUUCAAUAACUUCUGGCAUGUGCGUCCUCCGCCCCUCUGGGAGAAUACCUAAAAAAGAUGAACACAACUGACCCCUCCCGUCGCCCUCAAGGGGCUUUUAAAGGAGAGAUUUUCCAGAAACUAUCGGUGGAGGAAACGCGUAUGUAUAGCGGCGUACACACACUGGUUGUCGCCGCUGGCUGACAGAGAGAAACCAGCUCUCCUCGUGCCCAGACGUUAGGUUGUUUGUUCUGAACCGAGCUUCUUGUCCCACCUCACCGAGAUUAGGGCUCCAACUGAAAAUCCUUUUCUUACUACAUUGUCUAAUCUGCUGUUUACCUUUCAAAGUAAUUUUGGGUUGUUCCAGUUAUAAACGAAUCGGUUUGAGAAGAACGGGAGUGGUGCAGUAGUCACUGCUUUGUUCCAGUAACUGAACUGGAGAUGAUAGGACUCGCGUAUUAGCAACUCUUCGUGUUUUACAGCUUUUCUCUUGCGAUAACCUAUAGGUACAGUCUGUUGUAUUCUGAAAUAAAAAAGUAACGGAAGGUCAGCUAUAUAUAUAUAUAUAUAUAUAUAUAUAUAUUAAGUUAGAAAAUAUUCUUUCAACAUGCCUAUUCUCGCCAGUAGCCUCACCGCCACAGGUGUUUUCUGGGCUUGUCUGUCUCUGGCUGCUGCCAUACUUACCUGUUCGGGCUUCUACCUGCCCUUCUGGCUCCAAGGCGCCUUGUUCAACUCAACGGAGGUAUCGUUCGGCUCCUUCCGCCGCUGCAGCUAUCCACGGAUGGAAGAAGACGGCGGGGUCAAAAUAGUUCACGAGUGUGGCCGUUACACCACCUUCUACGAUAUACCCAGCAUCUCCUGGCAAAUCAGUACGAUCACGGUGGGAAUCGGGGCUUCCACCUCUCUUCUGGUGGCCUUCACGGCCAUUGCUGCAUGCUGCGUAGCGGACGUAGUGACUAAGCGUGCAGCCCGGGUCCUCGGUCUUGUUCAAACUCUAACAGCUAUUAUAAUUUUAGUUGGUGGCGCCAUCUAUCCCAAUGGAUGGGGAACUAGGGAAGUUCAGGAAGUGUGUGGAGGAAUUUCUGAUUCUUAUUAUUUAGGGACUUGUCAGCUCUCAUGGUCCUUCUAUCUGAUGGGUAGUGGUGUCGUCCUGCUGUUCUUUUGUGCCGUCUUGUCACUCUGGGCAUCACGAAUCAAGCCCCACUCCUACCGGAUAUGACCUAUGAGUAGGAGCUUUGUGAACGUCUAAUGUUCGUGUGAAUGACGUGUCUGGUAUCGUAGAGACAACAAAUAAAUGUGACGGAUUUCAACACUGUAUUCUUUACGUCGGUCAAAAAAAAACUGCCAUACACAAAGUGACGACGGAGUGAUUUCCUAAAAACGUGUUUUCUUCGAUUACAACGUGUUUGUUAGGAUAAAAACUCAAUAAUUUGAAGAAUAAAGAACUGUAUAACUGAUACAGGAUUAUGUUCUGCAUAAUGUACGAAAUAUCGAUAGCAAAUCAAUUAUCAAGUUUGAGUUCAUUAUAAAAAAAUCAAAAGCAACGUUUGUUAUACUAUUAUAGAAGUGUUUUAAUACAUUAGUAGAAAAGAGUUAGCUGUGUUUUAUAUACAAUAUAUGAAAAUAAGACAGCAUUUUUAUUUAUCACCCAAAAGAUAAAAUAUGUAUUUUAAGUGGUAAAUACAGGCUCAAACAGUUUUCCAGGACAUUGAUUUAAAUAAUCUUUGUUAUCGAGAAUAUGCGGAAUCACGCAAAAUAUAACAACUGGUGCUGAGUGUUCUUCAUGAUUAUAUAGAAAGUUACAGUUAAAUCAGUACUUUAUUUGCCCUAACCUGACUAUUUCACGUUAUUCGACGUCGUAAAAUUAAAAAAAAACAUAAAAUGCAGAUUAAAAAACACGUAAGAUAAAGAAACAUUUGAUAAACUACUAAAAAAACAAAAAAAAAACGACGAAUCUCUAGUGCUUCAGACUGGUGGGCCUGUCUUCUUUACUGAAGAAGGCAACACCACCUGUCGGAAGCUCUCGAGUUUUAAUUAUAUUUGUUUUCUUACGUCGUUCACAAUGUUUGUGUUUAACGUUUUUAGGAGACCCCCCCCCCUUCAUAGGGCAGUUUACAUGUUUAUUUUAUAACAUUUUAUUUUUGUAAAUUAUAAUGGAUUGUAAAAAUAUUUGGUAUUAAUUAAACGUAGCAAUUUUUGUUAAGAUUA